GAUAUAUUGCGCCUUCUAAAAAUACGCUUCAAUACACAUCGGCCAUCGGUUCAUCCAUGUAUCGCUGUCCCCUUUUGUCCUCAGGUUGGCUCGGUACGGAAACGCAUCGUAUAUCUAAAACAGAUCCAUCUGGUUCAUUUUUGGAGACAUAGAACACUCACACACAACUACAAACCAAUACGAAAUAAAAGCAAAUACAAACAGAAACAGCAAAAACAACCCACCACGACGACGACAUCAGCGGUGAUCUCCAACAUUGUGUCCGCUGUGCCAAUGGUGCGGUUUCAGUAGUGUAUUUCAGUCGGUCGUGAACGUUUGUUGAAAUCGGAUUCCAAGAUUCAAUCACACGGAGAGACAAGCGUUUAUUGUGAUAAGCGUUUUUUCGUUGGUUACCGUUGGCUAAUUAUCCACCUUAACUCUGUCUGCUGGUCGAUCCACUCGGUCGUAAUCGAUUCGACAGUUAAGCAUGAUAUCAUCGACGAUGGAUUUAAUUCUAGCGGCACUGGUCGUACUGAUCAUUUCGUACACGAUAAGAUACGUUCUCCAUCGUCCAUCCGAACGGUUCCCACCUGGGCCACCGAGGCUUCCACUGCUCGGUAGCUAUCCAUUCCUGCUGGCACUCAACUACAACCAUCUACACCGUGCCGCAGCCAAGCUGACCGAGCUGUACCAAAGCAAACUCGUCGGAUUCUAUCUCGGUCCACUUCCGGCGGUCGUCGUGAAUGACCACGAAACCGUACGCCAAGUGUUGCAGCGCAGUGAGUUCGAUGGUCGACCAGAUCUCUUUCUGGCACGAUUGCGCGACGAGCAGUACGCACGACGAGGCAUUUUCUUCACCGAUGGCGAUAGUUGGCGGGAACAGCGAAAGUUUUUCCUCAAAACGCUCCACGAGUACGGUUUCGGUAGACGGUGUGAUGCUGUGGAGCAGGACUUGCAGACCGGUCUGCUGGAGCUGAUCGCACUGCUCAAGGACGGACCACAGCACGAACACGAACGUGCGGUUGUGGACGUUUCGACCGGAUAUGCGCACUGUCCGCAGCUGUUUUUUGCCCUUUACUCUAACGUGAUGUUACGUAUGCUGACCGCAACGCGUUUAGAGCGGGAAGAUCAAGCCGUUCUGUAUGAGGUUGGCAAAUGUUCGCUUGCUUUUCAUCGGCAAGGUGACGACUAUGGAUUGGCGUUAAGCUACAUCCCUUGGAUACGCCACGUGUUGCCGGGAUUUAGUCGCUAUCGCUUGCUGAGACAGGUAAACCAGCAAGCGAACGGUGUUAUACGGUCUCUUGCGGAAAAGUGUGAGCAAUCGUACACUGAGGAUGAUGUCCGGUGCUUUAUCGAUGCGUACAUUCGUGAAAUGCGCCGUACUGGCAGCAAGGUGACGAGUGGCAGCGAUACCUUUGGGUUUGAAUACGAUCAACUAAUCAUCGGUUGUGCCGAUUUCCUUGUGCCAGCCUUUUCUGCCAUACCGGCCAAACUUGGUCUUGUACUGGAACGACUGGUAGCGCAUCCUUCCGUGCAGGACCAAAUGUACUCCGAGAUCGAUCAACAAGUCGGUCAAUCGAGGCUUCCACUGUUGGAUGAUCGUAUCCAUCUGCCGUACUGUGAAGCCGUCCUGCGAGAAGCACUGCGGAUCGAUACACUCGUACCGUCGGGUAUUCCACAUGUAGCCACCAUCGAUACCGAGCUGGCCGGGUUUCAAAUUCCCAAAGGCACACUGAUAAUUAACGGCUUGGAUUACAUCAAUCAUCAGGAAGAUAUUUUCCCAGAACCGUACACCUUCCGACCGGAACGGUUUCUUAACGAUGAAGGCAAACUGUCGCUCGAUCAGGAUCGUUCCGUACCGUUCGGUGCGGGUAAGCGCGUUUGUGCCGGCGAAAGCUUUGCUCGCAAUGCGUUAUUCCUCACGAUCACAACGCUCGUACAGCAGUUCACCUUCACGACGGACCACACACCCGAUCCCGGGCAACAUUUGACCGGUGUGAUUCGUACAGCGCCUGAUUUUAAAAUCAAGUUUAAUGCUCGUUAGAAAAGGGCGCACUUUUUUAUUUAUUUUUUGCAUGUCAACCAAAAUGUUUUACCAUUUUAACUCUCACCCAGAUAUUAGAACUGUCGAGUUGCAGACGUUUGUGUACGUUUUCGUGUGCGUGUUUCCCGAUAAAACAUAGUUUAUAAAUGGCAAAUACUCGAACAAUACAAAUAAAAUGUAUCUGUAUCAUUAAUUACAUAGCAGCGAGGUCCCCCAGCUGUACUUGUUUGAACUUGUACUUAAACGCUUCCAACACAUGGCAACUUGAAAUCAUUCGAACUUACUACUAACACAGUUGUUACUAGGGCGCAUGGUGGUACAAGUUCAUUAAAAAUUACGUUUUUACUAAUAUCUAUUAAGAUCUACCCUUAGAUGAUAAUAAAAAUCUCAAUGUUUGAAGAGAAAUUAUUCGAAA